AUGCAGUUUUCAAAUAAAUCUUUUAACAGUUUUCAUAUCCUGAUCCACACCCCAUUUUCUCUCUCUCUCUCUCUCUCUCUCUCUCUCUCUCUCUCUCUCUCUCUCUCUCUCUCUCUCUCUCUCUCUCUGUUGCUUUCAUUCUCUUUCGCUCUCUCCCUUUGGCAUCUCGACGAUUUCAGUCACUUUCUCACCGAUAAGUUCUUAACCGACAACUACCUCCGCCCGUUCAUGGAAUCUAUAAACAUUCCUCGAACCCACAUUGAUAUCUCUCUCUCUCUCUCUAGUCCACGUUCUUCCUUGAAACCCCACGACAUUUUGCUUUUAUCACUCUCUUUUUUUUUCUUCUCUAUCUAUGUCUUAAAAAGGACUAAAGGGAAUAGCAAAAGUAUCAAUUUCUUUCUUUCUUUCUUUCUUUCUUUCUUUCUUUCUUUCUUUUCUUUUUUUUUACACUAA